UAUACACGUACGUAUGUGUACUAUGGCAGUUCCUUUUCGUCGUUUUUAGUUUAUUUUUUGCCCCAUUAGUGAUUUUUUAAAAUAAAUAGUGUAAAACUUUAAUUAUAUCAGAAAAAGUCGUGAUGUCGUACAUUUUGUUUAAUUAAAAAUUCUCUAACUGAAGUGAUUUAAGUAGUAAUUUUCACGUAACGGAAUUUAACGAAAUAUUCUCCCUUCAUUCAAUAAUGUGACGGUAUGUGUAGUUGUAGUAUUUUUCUAAUUUUUCAACUUAUUAGAUAGUCGAAACAGUUAUUGAAGUUAACCUCACACCAUUACCCAAAAGUUACGUACUUAUUAUAGUAGAGCUUGUUAACUUUGGCCGAGUUUUUGACUUAAACAUGAAAAGAUCUGGGGGUUCAGUUUUCCAAGAUAACACCCUUAAAUAUAUUAGUCUUAUUACGUUAACUCUACAGAAUGCCCUCUUAGGAUUAAGUAUGAGACAUGCCAGAACUCGAGAUGGGGACAUGUUCCUAUCAUCAACAGCUGUUCUAAUGUCAGAGGUGGUCAAACUGUUGGUUUGCCUUUCAAUAAUUUAUGUUCAGGCAGGGAGCUUAAUCCAACUAUUAGACGAAGUAAAAAGACAUAUAAUCAAGCAACCGUUAGACACCCUUAAAGUUUGCAUACCAUCUUUUGUUUAUGUAAUACAGAAUAAUCUACUGUACGUUUCAGCCUCACAUUUGGACGCUGCCACUUAUCAGGUAACAUAUCAACUUAAAAUCCUCACAACCGCCCUCUUCGCAGUUAUAAUUCUGGGUAAGAAACUCUUGAAAACCCAAUGGUUGUCACUUGUCACGUUGGUGUUAGGUGUGGUCUUGGUUCAACUGGCCCAAAGUGAUAAGCCCCAUCAGAUUACGUACGGCCCUGAACAGAACCGUCUUCUUGGAUUUUCAGCAGCCCUAGGAGCCUGUUUACUCUCCGGCUUUGCUGGAAUCUACUUCGAGAAAAUACUGAAAGGUGCAGACGUUUCGGUCUGGAUGCGAAACAUUCAGCUUAGUUUAUGUUCCAUUCCGUUUGGUUUAAUCACGUGUUUUAUCUACGAUUCGGAAUUAAUAAAAACGCACGGUUUCUUUUUCGGCUAUGAUAGAUUCAUAAAGUACCUGAUUUUGUUACAGGCCGGUGGAGGACUUUUAGUCGCCAUGGUGGUUAAAUAUGCGGACAAUAUCCUUAAAGGUUUCGCAACUUCUUUAGCCAUAAUAAUUUCUUGUGUCGCGUCCAUUUAUUUGUUCAAUUUUAAUCUCACUAUACAGUUCCUAAUGGGUGCCGCGCUUGUUAUAUUUUCCAUUUUCUUGUACGGACACGUUCCCAAACCGCCCGUGGUAUCUUCACCACCCUAUAAAGUAUAAUACGAUGACAUUAUUAUUAGCAAAUGUUCCCGUCAUAUGUGAAAUUUUGUAAAACUAGUCAUCAUCGUUUUAAUUUUAUAACAAAGCUAAAUUUUUAACUGCUGUGAGUUUUUAAUAUACUUAUAUAAAAAAAGAAGUAAGCAAACCUAUUUUCACAAUAUAACAUUCCCAAUUACUUAUUAAAUUUUUU